AUGCUGGUUUCAGCGAUUGAUCCUGAUUGCGGGGUCAAUGCUAUGGUUAAUUACACGAUGGGCGAUGGUUUCGCCACACUUAAGGAAUUCGAAGUUAGAAGCGGUACAGGAGAAAUCUGCAUCUCUUCGGCGCUCGACUACGAAACCAGGAAUGUGUACGAGUUCCCAGUGGUCGCCACCGAUCGAGGUGGGUUAAGUACGACGGCGAUGGUUAAAAUUCAGGUGUCUGAUGUGAAUGAUAAUCAUCCGGCUUUUUAUCCGCGCGAAUACAAUGUGUCUUUGCGCGAAGGCGCUGCCGCUUCGGCGUCAAUUCCUGUGGUAAUUGUGGCGGCCACCGAUCCAGAUUCAGGCCGCUACGGUUCUUUGGAAUACAAAAUUGUUGCCGGCAAUGAUGCGAAUUUAUUUCGCAUCGACAGAAAUUCCGGGGAAAUAUUCGUAACUCGGCCAGGACACUUGUCCUCACGCUCCUCCCCUUACCAUCGUCUGAACAUAUCCGCAACGGAUGGUGGCGGAUUAAAAUCAUCGGCAGAUGCCGAGGUCUUCAUUAGCGUCAUAGAUAGUGCCCAGAAGCCGCCGAUUUUCCAGCACGCCAGAUACACGUUCAGGGUCAAAGAAGAUGCAAUGAAGAACACAUUCGUCGGCUCCGUUCAGGCGGCAUUAGGAAAUUCGGGUGAUCACUAUUCAGUCAGGUACUCCAUCUACUCGGGAGAUCCCGAUGGAUAUUUCCGAAUCGAUCCAAUUUCUGGAACGAUUCGAACUGCGGCCACCCUGGAUCACGAACACAGAGCUAGCAUCCUUCUGAAUAUCCAAGCCAACAGCGGCGACCCUCCAGUAUAUGGACAUACUCAGGUGAAUAUAGAAAUCGAAGACGUUAAUGACAAUACGCCGGAAUUCGAAUCGAACAUGGUUCGAAUCUCGGUUCCAGAGAAUGUCGAAAUUGGAACGACACUGUACGAGGCUCAGGCACGGGAUAAAGACUCUGGUAAAAACGGCAUUGUCCGUUAUAAAAUCGUGGGGAUGAGCGGUGGAUUAUUCGAGAUCGAUCCUAAAUCAGGCCACCUGAAACUCUCUCGUCGUUUGGAUUACGAAACGACGCGUUGCCAUAAACUAACAAUUACAGCCUCGGACACCGGAGUUCCAUCACUGUCCGCGAAUCUUUCCGUAACCGUUGAAGUUCAGGACGUCAACGACAAUGCACCUGUUUUUGAACGAACGGAAUACGAGGCCAAAGUUCCAGAAACUCUCUCCAUCAAUGCUCAGAUUCUGCAAGUCACGGCAGUAGAUAACGACAUUGGAAAUAAUGCCCGUUUAACUUAUCGCCUACAAAAUACCUCGAAUUCUUCGGUCUUCGGGAUAUUUCCAAACAGUGGUUGGCUGUAUCUGCGUGGAACUCUUGACCGAGAAUCGAAAGAUCGCUACGAUUUAACGGUUGUGGCGACUGACAAUGGAACACCUACAGAGAGUGCAACUACUAAAGUAACCAUCUCCGUUCUCGACGCAAACGACAACGAUCCCGAAUUUGAAUUGGAAUAUUAUGAAUUCGGUGUCGAGGAGAAUUUACCUAGAGGAGCCUACGUCGGUACAGUUAAAGCUACUGACAAAGAUAUGGGAAACAACGCAACCGUACGAUAUUUCCUCAUACCAGGAAAUACGAGUUUUCAAAUGAACACAAUAUCAGGAGAAAUUACCACCAAGGAUUUCCUAGACAGGGAACAGAAGGAAUAUUAUGAUUUGAUAAUUGAAGCCAAAGAUAUGGGCGUACCAGUGAGAAAUUCACGAAUUUCUUUAAAAAUUAGAGUGUUGGAUGUUAACGAUAAUGCUCCGGACAUAGUCGAUCCUCAAGAAGAUGAUGUCAGUGUGCGAGAAGCACAACCUCAAGGCACUGAAGUUGUUAGAGUCAAAGCCAUAGAUGCUGACAAAGGAUACAAUUCCACGAUUACCUACAAGUUACUAAAUAAUAGGGAUUCUGAUGGUGUCUUUACCAUUGAUCCUACAACGGGAGUUAUUAAAACAAACGCAUACUUGGACCACGACGAAAGAUCUAUCUAUCGUUUAACUGUGGCUGCUACGGAUGGUGGAAUGCCUGCUAAACAAACAGUCCGGACAUUACGUAUAAAAGUAUUAGAUCUUAAUGAUAACACACCAACGUUUACCAGCUCAAGUCUAGUGUUCGAGGUUCGCGAAGAUGUUAAAAUAGGACAUGUGGUGGGAUCAGUGGUUACCUCGUAUUCAUCAAACGAAGAAAACGCCAUCUUAGGUAGUUCCAGCGGGCAAAUAACUUACACGUUAAAUUCAUCGAUUUCCGAUGUUGUUCCCGAUGCAUUUGAUAUUGAUCGCUCAACAGGAUCCCUGGUCGUAGCAAGAAAACUUGACAGAGAACUGCAACCAGAGUACAGAUUGGAGGUCACAGCAUUGGACACAAGUGCGAUGAACAAUCCGCAAAGUAGUGCCGUUACAGUGCGUGUCGAUAUUUUGGAUGUAAAUGAUAAUUUCCCAGUUUGGUCACAAGAUCCAAUUGAAAUUCAAGUGGAUGAAGAUGUGAUGGUUGGCGUUAGUGUUUUCAAUUUCACGGCGAAUGACGCGGACUCUGGUAGCAACGGAAACCUGAAAUACAAACUGCUUAAGCAGUUUCCAGAAGACGGGUGCUUUCAAAUAGAUCCGUUAACUGGAAACCUACUCGUCAAGAAGAGCUUGGAUUAUGAAAGUUUGAAGCAAUACACCUUGAUAGUUCAAGCCACCGACCAAUGCCUGAACGUUUCCGAGAGACUAUCUACAGCUGUUACCGCGAUUGUAUCAGUGAGAGAUGUUAACGACAAUGCGCCAAAAUUUGUGUUGCCGAGCAAUUCGAAGAUAUACUUCAGUUCAUCGCUGGGAAUAGGAAUGCCAGUUGGCCAAAUAUUAGCAACUGACUUGGAUGAUGAUGAGAAUGGCAAGGUCACCUACAUGAUUUCUAAUGGCAAUGAACAUGGUUCCUUUACGAUGGGAUACGAAACCGGCAUUAUUACUUUAGCAAAACCGUUGAGUACGGUUAAAAUUUUCCAAAUUAAUGUCACAGCUAUGGACCAUGGUAUACCAUCAAAAUAUGUGCACGAAACUUUCAAAUUGGCAGUGCAAGACACUUUGGAAAGCCCACCCCGAUUUUUGAGUCCAACUUAUUCUGCCAGGGUGUCCGAAGAUGUUACCGUUGGGACGUACGUUACAAAAGUUUCUGCUCAGAGUAUGUCGAAUGGACGAGAGGGUAAUUUAACAUUUCACAUUCCCAUCGGUGUGACUGAUGACACGUUCGCAAUCGAUAAGUUUUCGGGGGUUGUGAAUCUGAAGAAAGCGUUAGAUCGAGAAACCGAGGAAUUCUAUUCGAUUCCCAUUUACGCCUUCGACGCAUCGCGCGGCAACCACUACGAUAUGGCCACAUUAAGAGUGUCAGUCGACGAUGUUAACGACCAUUCGCCUGAAUUUACGAUGAAAUCGUGUUAUCGCCUUGUGGUUCCGGAAAAUGGAAACCCCGCCGUAAUUCAUACAGUUGUUGCAAGUGAUGCAGAUAAGGGUAGUAACGGUUUAAUCUCGUAUAGCAUAACAAGUGGAAAUGUGGGCAAUAAAUUCAACAUCAAUCCAAGUAGUGGAGAGCUAAGUGCAAAAUCUUUGGAUCGCGAGAGCCACGCCAGAUAUCACCUAACGAUAAUAGCCCAAGAUAAAGGAAGACCUCAGUUGCAAGGCGUCUGCAAUAUUACCGUUUACGUCGAGGAUUUAAAUGAUAAUGAUCCUAAAUUUGAUAGUAUGUUGUAUACGGCGAAUAUUAAUGAAGAUGUCCCCGUUGAUACUUCAGUUCUAAAAGUAAAGGCAACCGAUGCGGACAAUGGAUUCAACGCAAAAAUCAUUUAUUCCUUGGCAAACGAGAGCCAAUGGCUGUUCAGGAUCGAUAAUAAAACGGGAAUUAUAACUACAGCGGGAUUAUUUGAUCGGGAAACUAAAGCCGAGUACAAUUUUCAAGUGGUCGCAACAGACAGCGGGAAAUACAACGCCAGAUCACAGAAUGUCACCGUGAAGAUAGUUAUAGAAGAUGUUAAUGAUAAUAAGCCAAUAUUUACUCAGUAUCCGUUCAAAGAAAAGGUACCAGCUUACAUCCAGCCAGGACAAUCUCUUCUGAGAGUUUCCGCUAAAGAUUUAGAUAUAGGAACGAACUCUGAGAUUGUGUAUAGUCUAAACGAUGAGUACGGCAAAUUCAAGAUCAAUCCAAAUACCGGUAUAUUAAGUGCCACGCAGAGUUUGGCCAGCGAAAAUGGUAAAAUUUUAAACCUGAAUGUUAUCGCAACGGACAAAGGCAAUCCACCGCAAAGUUCGAAUGGUCUUAUAGAAAUCACCGUUGGAGAUAUACCGGAAAACUUCCCAAAGCUAAAGUUCCAAAACGAGACAUAUGAUGUCGUCCUUACGGAAAAUACGGAACAAUUUAGAGAUGUACUCCAAGUAUCGGCUGUCAGAUCAGAUGGUCGCAGACAGAAAAUUGUUUACUUUUUCGGAACCGGGAACGAAGAGAAUAUAUUUGUUGUUAAUGCUGAAAACGGCAUAUUACAAGUUAGAGAUCCAAAAUAUUUAGAUUAUGAAUUACACAAAGAGAUUCACUUAGUCAUUGGUGCUCGCACUGAAGGAAAUCCAAACCUUCGAGGUUAUUGCAACGUGAAUAUCCGUUUGCUGGAUCAAAACGACAAUGCGCCAAAAUUCACGCAACAGCAGUACACGGCCUCGGUGUUUGAAGGCGACUCUAAAGGGGCGUUUGUUCUGGAAACCAAAGCUUAUGAUGCGGAUGAAGCGCAAAACUCAAAGGUGCUUUACCAUAUUGUGGACGGCAAUCACGAUAACACUUUCAAAUUUGAACCUGCAUUCAGUGGAAGAUUGGUAACAAACAUUGUAUUGGAUAGAGAAAUUCGUGAGACGUACAGAUUAACGGUAAUUGCCACGGAUGAGGGAGUUCCACAGAUGACUGGUACUGCAAGAAUUCGUAUUAAUGUUAUCGAUAUUAAUGAUAACCAGCCCACGUUUCCUCCACAUAGUAUAAUCACUAUAACCGAAGCUACCGAAGUUGGAACGGUUUUGACAACGGUUACUGCAAAUGAUGUGGAUACAAACCCAGCUCUUACCUACGAUUUUGCAUCUGAAACUGACAACGAGGUUCUGCAGACGUUCAGCAUAGACAGAUUCAGUGGGAAGGUUAUCCUGACGCGCCAUUUGGAUUACGAGCUUCGACAAGAAUACCGUCUGAUGAUUAUGGCAUCCGAUAUGGCCCAUGAAGCUAAAACUACGUUAACAAUUAAAGUUACCGACGUUAAUGACAACAAGCCUAUGUUCGCUCAAGUUGCAUACGAAGUGACUAUACCCAGUGGUAAUUCGAACAACAUCAUUGAUUUACUAGCUCUGAAUGCAACCGAUGAUGAUACCGGCGAUAACGCAAACAUCAAAUAUUCUUUAAUCAAUCCGGUGCAUGGCUUCAGCAUUGGAGCACUUGAUGGUAUACUGAAAGUGAAUCAAAGCAACGUAUCUACCGCAGACAAUUUAUAUAUCAGUGUUAAAGCUGAAGAUCAAGGGAAACCUCGUCUUCAUUCUAUCGCCGUUGUAAGGAUCAAGUUCAGUGGCAGCUCGAGUAGUCAAAGUGGUGAUUACAAGAAGGACUAUUCACUUGAAUUAUUCGAAAAUGCCACGUUAGGUUCUAACCUGCUUCAAUUAGUUGACGACAAAUUAGUAUACUAUAUCGUCGAAGGCAACGAAGAUGGAAACUUUGACAUUAGUUAUGGGAAUUUAGUUCUGUUGAAAAAGCUUGACAGAGAGACGAGAGAUAAAUAUUUAUUAAAAUUAUUAGCCGGAACUGAGAGUGUUGGAAUAACCCUUACGAUUUUGGACGUUAAUGAUAACAUCCCUGUUUUCGAAGAAGGUAAUUACGAAGUCGAAGUUAAGGAAGAUCAAGAUAUUAACUCGGUCGUUGGAAAAGUAUCGGCUAUUGAUCGAGAUGAAGGAGAAAAUGGUCACGUAACUUAUGAAAUAACUUCAGGCAAUGACGAAGGAUUGUUUGGCAUCAACUCCGGUAACAUUAUCAUUGAAGGUGGUUUGGACUACGAUAUCGGACUAACUGAAUAUACGUUGGUUAUUCAAGCGUGUGACGGUGGUCAGCUUUGCGCAUUAACCACUUUCAUUGUUAAGUUAAUUGAUUGCAACGACAACGGUCCGAAUUUCCCCGUCACCGAGUACUUGGAGUUUGUUGGAGAGAAUGAGCCAAUUGGUUCUACCAUAUUUACCGCUCACGCAAUAGAUUUAGAUCGUGGAAUAUUUGGAACAUUAAACUAUAGUAUAGUAGGAGUGUCCAACAGCAUUUACGUGGAUGAUGCAUGGAAACUCUUCUCGAUCGACGCUAGUACCGGAUUAGUGAGAACUAACGCCGUAUUCGAUUAUGAAGUUAGAAAUCGUUAUAUAUUUGUUAUCAAAGCGUCAGACGCCGGAGACAAGUUCUCGAACGUCAAGGUACGAAUCGAGAUCGAGAGCCGAGAUGAAUUCUCGCCACAGUUCACUGAGCGCCUCUACAAGUUCUUCAUAUCCAGCACUAAAUAUUUGUCAGCUGGUCAUGUUAUUGGACGUGUGACAGCUACAGAUCGCGACAAAGGACCUGAUGGAAGGGUCGUGUACCAAUUAUCAACUCAACAUACCUAUUUGAAGAUCAAUCGAACAACGGGAGACAUUGUGGUAAAGAAGAAAAUUGAAACUGCAAUUUUAGGCGAGAAAAUAAGUUUGACCAUAACUGCGAGUUCGGGCAGGCCAAAAUCUUUGACGAAUUCAUCUUCCGUGGAAAUUUCCGUAAAUUCCGCGAACGAUUUUACAAUGAACUCGGCAAUAAAUAAAUCUACGAAUUCUGGAAUUACUGAUUGGGCAUUAGGUUUGUUGAUCGGUGUUAUUCUGCUGAUUUUGACCUUCGGAGCGAUUUUCGUGUUCUUGCACAUGAAAAAUAAGAGAAACAGACAAGUAAAUAAACCUAAUUUGAGCCAGGAAACUGUUACGACAAAUAAUUAUGUCGAUCCAAGCGCUUUCGAUACGAUUCCAAUUAGGUCGAAUGCCGCUGCUCAAUUUGCUCCUCCUAAAUAUGAUGAAAUACCUCCGUAUGGAGCUGCUGCAAGUUCGAAUUCGGGAGCUGCAACUACCUCUGAGUUAUCAGGCAGUGAGCAAUCUGGGUCGAGUGGAAGAGGUUCGGCAGAAGACGGUGAUGAUAAUGACGAUGAAGAGAUUAGAAUGAUCAACGAAGGUCCACUACAAAGGGAUUCAGGAAUACAUAGACAGAAUGACGAUGAUGAUAAUCUUUCAGACGUCAGCGUGAGGAAUACUCAAGAGUAUUUAGCUCGUUUGGGUAUAGUGAACAAUGCUGCGGUUCCUCAAACCUCAAGACUGAACCAGGUUCCAUUAGAUAGUUUAAUUUUUGACGAGGAGACGGCUACCGACAAUGACAUAGUUAAUUUUUAUGCAAAACUGAACGACGUUGCAAACAGUGAUCGUGCAAGUUCCACGGACGAUGCAGUCGGUGUGACGAUGGACCAUGUGAUGACAUUAGGUACGUACGAGGUGCCCCAGACUCAUCAACCUUCGAUGAACGGUUCAUUGAGUUCGAUAGUCCACAGCGAGGAGGAACUGGCCGGUAGUUAUAAUUGGGAUUAUCUUUUAGACUGGGGCCCUCAGUACCAGCCCUUAGCGCACGUGUUUAGUGAAAUCGCUCGCCUUAAGGACGACACAGUGUCAGUUCAAUCUGGGGCCAGUGGGUCCAGUGCCAAAUCAAAGAACUCCCAGGUGAAAAACGUUCCGCCACCAUUGAUUACUAGCGUUGCGCCGCGCUCCAUACCCGUUCUGAAUGCAAGAGGUGGUUCGAACCAUCAUCUAAAUCAAAUGAAUGUUCUGCCCCGUUCACCAAUUAGUCACGACGCGAACUCCGCUUACCACGGAUCAGCAGCGAUGUCUCCGAGCUUCUCGCCGUCCCUUUCACCGUUGGCCACCAAAAGCCCUUCGAUUUCACCAUUGGUCACACCCGGUUUGACCACCGCUCAUCAUGUGCGUGCCCCACAGCGGAACAAAAACAUAGACAGUGAAAUGCGCAUCUAAAGACUUAAAAAAUUAAUUAUCUUAUAGUAUUAUUCAUUAAAGAUAAACAAACAAAACAAAAAAGGACGAACCUAACUAACUGACUUAAACGACGAAACAAAGCAAAAAAAAUGCAAUAUAUUCUUUUUCGGCUGUGUUAAAAGAAAA